GGAGGGAGGGAAUACGAUGGUGAACAAGGCAGAUCUUGUCUUUAUGCUCCUGGAACUUGCAUUCCAGUCUGGGGUGGAAGGAGUGGUUCACCCAGCUGAGUUGAGCAGGAUAGAAAAGGCUUUUUUGAGGGAGCAAAGUCCUAGCUGAGACCUGAAGCAUGAAUAUGAUCUUCAGUAGUUCACAAACUCGAUUGCAUAAAAGUAAAACCCAAUUACAACUUGGCUUAUUAUGGCAUAGGUUCCUGUAUCCUGUGAGUCAAAUAAUAUCCUCUGAAGCUUAACAAUUACCGGUAAUAAAACUGAUAAUUAAUUUGCGACACAGGUCUUACUCCUGUCUCCAUAUUUCUUGUGUUAAUCAUCAAAUACUUACUGAAUGUCCACCUAGCUGUGUAAGUCAAUGAGCCCUGUGAUGUAGAGUGUACGAAGAAGCAUGGCCCCAUUUUUAUAAUAUAACCUGUUGCCGUUGGGUUGAUUCCGACUCAUGACGAUGCCAUGUGUGUCAGAGUAGAAUUGUGCUCCAUAGGGUUUUCAGUGACUGAUUUUUUGGUAAGUAGAUCACCAGGCCUUUCUUCUGAGGCACCUCUGGGUGGACUCAAGCCACCAACCUUCUGGUUAGCAGCGGAGCUGCACCACCCAGGGACUCCUUCUUUUGUAUAGUUGAGGAGAAAAGACAGAGUCACAUGUUAAGUUAACUAAUGAAUCAGAAUGGAGGACGUGCCAAGGCAUUGUUCGGAGAAAACGUGCGUUCAGCGGAUGGUUAGGGAGGGAAGACGUCGUAGGCAGAUCUGAUCUGAAUGGCUCCCGGAAGGAAGGAAAGAAAGAACCUAGAUAAACGGAGAGGACGAGGAGAGGAAAGGUGACCCAGCAGGAGCAGACAUGGAGGGAAAGCGGAAGCCAUUCUUCAGGGACCCUGAAUACCAAUAGAAAGUUUAGUGCAAAAGGAGGCGUGGUCAGCUCCUGUGACGUCCAGAAUCACAGGCUUAGAAUUUGGAAUUUUAUCCUAUAGGCACGGGGGGAGGCCUGGUGGCCCAUGGUUGAGAGCUCGGCUGCUCACCAAAAGGUCGGCAGUUUGACUCCACCAGCUGCUCCUUGGAAACCCUACGGGGCAGUUCUACCCUGUCCCGAAGGGUCGCUGUGAGUCGGAAUCAACUCAACGGCAAUGGGUUUGCUUUUUGGUUUAGGCGUUGGGGAGCUGUUAAAAAUGAGUCCAUUUAUGAAAGAAAGAUAAUAGAAAACUAUCAGAAGUUAACCCUCUGUUGUGUGUUUGUCAUCAUUUUCUUCACAAAACAAACAAGAUAGAACAAAACAAAAAAAUAAAAGAAGAGAAAUACUUGGACGGGGAAGGCCAGAACAGUUGGGAAUGUUUACCAAGGUAGAAAAUUGGUGAAAGAGUUCCCAGUUGACCUGGCUCAAUAGGUCACGUUCUAGAGUUCUGAUUCAUUUGGCCGGUGUCAUGGGAUCACUGCUGUUUAUAUGGUACAUACCCUUUUUUUUAAGUCCUUGUAUCUAUUAUUAAUUGGCUAGAAGAAUUUAAGAAGGAAUAAAAUAAAUAAGCUUGGGAAUUAUCAAGAUGUCAGAUAAUCUUAAAUCAACUUUUAAAAUACCAGUUUAUUAGCACUCAGAAGAGGAUAACAUACUGGAUAAUCUUGAUUCUGUGACACGUACUUCCCAUCAGAUUAACCUGAUGUCACUCCAGGAGAGACUAAGAAACAGUUGUUGUUUGCAAGUACUAUUUGGCGUGGCAUCCCUUAAAAAUGAUAAAAACAGUAGAUCAUACGACGGUUGAAGAACUGGUUGUACAGUUGCAUGUCAAGAGGAAAUUAUCGGUUGUUUGUUGCCAACCUUUGUACUGGGUUGGCACUUACGUGAUAUCUGAAGAUAGUAUCUGCAUCAGAGAUCAUCAUUCAGGUUAUUGUGACCUAAAGGCAAGCAAACAAAACAGAAGAAAAAACCUUGAUUUGAAUUGACUGAGUGCGAUUAUUAGAAGUAAAUAUGGAGAAUGAACCAGACCAGGAGAAUGUGGAACAGAGCCGAGCUGCCAAGACAGCUGAAGAAGAACUGAAUAAGCCUUUCAGUCUAGAAGCUUCACUUUCAAAAUUCUCCUACAUAGAUUUGGACAAGGAACUGGAGUUCAAAAAUGAUUUGAUUGAUGACAAGGAGUUUGAUAUUCCUCAAGUUGAUACUCCUCCAACCCUGGAAAGCAUCCUGAAUGAGACUGAUGAUGAAGAUGAGUCUUUUGUCCUCGAGGAUCCUAUGCUGUUAAACAUCGAUACUAUUGAUUCUCACUCCUAUGAUACUUCGUCUGUGGCAAGCUCAGACAGUGGCGACAGGACCAACUUAAAAAGGAAGAAGAAGUUACCUGAUAAUUUUUCACUCCAUGGAUCAGUUAUGCGACAUUCCCUUUUGAAGGGAAUUUCUGCCCAGAUAGUGUCUGCAGCUGACAAAGUAGAUGCUGGCUUGCCUACAGCAAUUGCAGUGUCCAGUCUGAUAGCAGUUGGUACAUCUCAUGGAUUGGCUUUAAUAUUUGAUCAGAAUCAAGCUCUGCGGCUCUGUCUGGGUGGCACUAGUGUGGGAGAGCAGUAUGGAGCCAUCUCUGCCCUCAGUAUCAACAAUGACUGCUCAAGACUUCUUUGUGGCUUUGCCAAAGGACAGAUCACCAUGUGGGAUUUAGCCAGUGGAAAACUUCUGAGAUCAAUAACAGAUGCACAUCCUCCGGGAACAGCAAUCCUGCAUAUCAAGUUUACAGAUGAUCCGACGCUUGCAAUUUGCAACGACAGCGGAGGCUCUGUGUUUGAAUUGACAUUUAAGAGAGUGAUGGGGGUGAGAACAUGUGAAUCCAGAUGUCUGUUCAGUGGUUCCAAGGGUGAAGUUUGCUGUAUCGAGCCUCUACAUUCUAAGCCUGAGUUGAAAGAUCAUCCCAUCACGCAGUUUUCGUUACUGGCCAUGGCAUCCCUAACAAAGAUCCUGGUCAUUGGAUUGAAACCGUCCUUGAAAGUGUGGAUGACUUUUCCCUAUGGACGGAUGGAUCCUUCCAGUGUUCCGUUGCUGGCCUGGCACUUUGUGGCCGUGCAUAACUAUGUGAAUCCCAUGCUUGCCUUCUGCAGAGGAGAUGUGGUUCACUUUCUGUUGGUUAAGCGUGAUGAAUCUGGAGCAAUACAUGUUACUAAGCAGAAGCAUCUUCACCUGUGCUAUGACCUCAUCAACUUCACUUGGAUCAACUCGCGCACAGUGGUGCUCUUGGACAGUGUGGAGAAGUUGCACGUGGUUGAUCGCCAAACUCAAGAGGAAUUGGAAACAGUGGAAAUCUCAGAAGUUCAGUUGGUCUACAACAGCAGCCAUUUCAAAUCAUUGGCCACCGGAGGAAACGUUAGCCAGGCGCUGGCUUUGGUUGGAGAGAAGGCUUGUUAUCAAUCCAUCAGUAGCUAUGGUGGUCAGAUCUUUUAUUUGGGGACAAAAUCUGUGUAUGUGAUGAUGCUGAGGAGCUGGAGAGAGAGAGUGGAUCACCUCCUGAAACAAGACUGCCUCACAGAAGCCUUGGCUCUUGCGUGGUCUUUCCACGAAGGAAAAGCAAAAGCCGUAGUGGGAUUAUCCGGGGAUGCCAGUAAGCGAAAGGCUGUUGUUGCAGAUCGGAUGGUAGAAGUCCUGUUCCAUUGUGCAGACCGAGCUCUGAAGAAGUGUCCAGAACAGGGCAAAAUCCAGGUGAUGGAGCAGCAUUUUCAGGACAUGGUGCCCGUCAUAGUUGAUUACUGCCUUGUGCUGCAGCGAAAGGAUCUUUUAUUUAGCCAGAUGUAUGACAAAUUAAGUGAGAAUUCAGUGGCCAAAGGAGUGUUUUUGGAGUGCCUUGAGCCAUAUAUUUUAAGUGAUAAAUUGGUGGGGAUCACACCCCAGGUAAUGAAAGACUUGAUUGUUCAUUUCCAAGAUAAAAAGUUAAUGGAAAAUGUGGAAGCCCUCAUUGUACAUAUGGAUAUCACCAGCCUGGAUAUUCAGCAGGUGGUUCUCAUGUGCUGGGAAAAUCGCCUCUAUGAUGCCAUGAUCUAUGUCUACAACAGCGGCAUGAACGAGUUUAUCAGUCCAAUGGAGAAACUUUUCAGAGUCAUCACUUCUCCGCUGAAUGCAGGAAAGACGCUCACAGAUGAGCAAGUUGUUAUGGGCAACAAGCUUCUUGUAUAUAUUAGCUGUUGCCUAGCGGGCCGUGCCUAUCCUCUUGGUGACAUCCCUGAAGAUCUUGUUCCUUUGGUCAAAAACCAGGUUUUUGAAUUUCUAAUUCGUCUGCACUCAGCAGAAGCUUCCCCUGAGGAAGAAAUCUAUCCCUAUAUUCGAACUUUGCUGCAUUUUGACACAAGAGAAUUUCUAAAUGUUUUGGCUCUGACCUUUGAAGAUUUUAAAAAUGACAAGCAAGCUGUGGAAUAUCAGCAGCGAAUUGUGGAUAUUUUGUUGAAAGUUAUGGUGGAGAACUCAGAUUUCACUCCCUCACAAGUAGGGUGUCUGUUUACAUUCCUUGCCCGCCAGCUUGCAAAACCUGACAAUACACUGUUUGUAAACAGAACCCUUUUUGACCAGGUCCUUGAAUUCCUCUGUAGUCCUGACGAUGACUCCAGACACUCUGAAAGGCAGCAGGUCCUUUUAGAAUUGCUGCAGGCUGGAGGCAUAGUUCAGUUUGAAGAGAGUCGGCUCAUCCGCAUGGCAGAGAAAGCUGAGUUCUAUCAAAUUUGUGAAUUUAUGUAUGAACGAGAACACCAGUAUGACAAAAUUAUUGAUUGCUACUUACGUGACCCACUGAGAGAGGAAGAAGUCUUUAAUUACAUUCACAAUAUCUUAUCCAUCCCUGGACACAGUGCAGAGGAGAAGCAGGCUGUAUGGCAGAAAGCAAUGGAUCAUAUUGAGGAACUUGUGUCCCUGAAGCCCUGUAAAGCUGCAGAGCUGGUUGCUACCCACUUUUCUGAACAGAUUGAAACAGUCAUUAAAAAACUUCAGAACCAGAUUUUGCUUUUCAAAUUUUUGAGGCACCUUCUUGACCCAAGGGAAGGUAUUCAUAUAAAUCAGGAAUUACUGCCGAUAUCUCCCUGUAUCACAGAGCAGUUCAUUGAGCUGUUGUGUCAGUUCCGCCCAACGCAGGUCAUCGAGACUCUGCAAGUCCUUGAAAGCUACCGCCUCCAGGAAACCAUUCAGAUUACCCAAAAGUAUCAACUUCAUGAAGUCACUGCUUACCUGUUGGAGAAAAAAGGAGACAUUCAUGGUGCCUUCUUAAUAACGCUAGAGAGACUACAGAGCAAGCUUCAGGGGAUAACACAUGAAGAUGAAAAUACAAAAAAGGAUCCCUCACUGAAGGAUGUUGAAGACACCCUGGUGGAGACAAUAGCCCUUUGCCAGAGAAAUUCACAGAAUUUGAACCAGCAGCAACGAGAGGCACUCUGGUUUCCCCUGUUGGAGGCAAUGAUGGCCCCUCAGAAGCUGUCCAGCUCAGCUGCACCUCAUCCAUACUCCGAAGCUCUGAAGUCUAUGACCAUGCAGGUUCUAAACAGCAUGGCUGCUUUUAUUGGUCUUCCGUCAAUCUUGCAAAGAAUCUUACAGGAUCCAGUUUAUGGAAAAGGAAAACUUGGAGAAAUCCAGGGACUUAUACUGGGCAUGUUGGAUACCUUCAGCUAUGAACAGACCCUGCUGGAAACAACAACUAACCUUCUAAACCAAGAUCUCCAUUGGUCGUUGUGUCAUCUGAGAGCCUCGGUCACCAGAGGAUUGAAUCCCAAGCAGGAUUACUGCUCUGUGUGUUUGCAGCAGUACAAGAGACGCCAGGAAAUGGCUGAUGAGAUUAUUGUCUUCAGCUGUGGCCAUUUGUAUCACUCAUUCUGUCUGCAAAACAAAGAGUGCACCCUAGAAACGGAGGGCCAGACAAGAUGGACCUGCUACAAAUGCAGCUCAGGCCACAAAGGGGGACAACUAAGUGAAAAUUCAUCUGGAAUUAAGCAGGGAAGGAUAACUCCAUCACAGGUGAAAAUGUCUCCAUCCUGUCGUCCAGCCAAAGGGGACCAAGUGGCCAAGGCAACCUCAGAACCUGUUCUGGAUCCGCAGCAAAUCCAAGCAUUUGAUCAGCUUUGCCGUCUGUACCGAGGAAGUUCCCGGCUGGCCCUCCUGACGGAACUCUCCCAGCACCGCAGCAGCGAGAGCUAUAGGCCCUUCAGCGGCUCCCAGAGCGGCCCUGCUUUCAACAGCAUCUUCCAGAACGAGAACUUCCAGCUGCACCUUGUCCCCCCUCCCGUGACCGAGGACUGAGCUGCUGUGGGGCCUGGCCCUGUGGACCCGAGACGACCCCAAGGCAACUGGGGGGCUUCUCUGUGACCCCACCACGUCCCGCCUUUGAGCAGAGUUCUGAGCCAGGACCCUGUGCCCGGGUGUGCUCCACGCCAAGGUUCCCAGUGCAGACCCUGCCUGUUCCGCCAGGCUGGCUGACUUUGUUUUGCUUGCUAAGCAAAACGAACGUCGCCACCUCCAGGCAGCCUUUCAGGAGAUGCGUUUUGCCUGUUGGCAUUUUGUCCUGUCGCCCCUGAAGCCUGGCGAGUUGGUGGUGCCCUGCAGACGGCACACUGGGGCCUGUCAUGCUCCAUCUGCCCAGCCGUCAGGAGCCCAGAGGACUUCGCGUCGGCUGCUGUUGGGGACAGGAGCAGUGGCCGGCCAGGCUGUGGGGAAACCUCACGACCUCAUUGGAGGGAGCAGAGAACCACAGGGGCGGGACGAGCUCCCAUCUGAUUUGUGUGAAACCCGUGUAGGCCUUUCCCAAACAAUAAACGCCUCUGUGUGUGUGAUGCUCCCCCGGCCUGUGGCAGCUGUCCAGCUCUGGCUCUCUGUCGAGUCGUGGAGGACGUUGGAGCCCUCUUGCUGCAGGUCACUUGCGUUAGCUUGGGGACCGUGCUGUGAGAUCCUGCUU